GUCACUCUUCCCGGCCGAGCGGCGCGGGUAGCAUCAUCGGUGGUAGCGGCGCUAUGGGCCUUUCUGACAAAGCACCUCUCCAUACCCUCUCAUACGGCGAUGCUGCUCGCCCCUGAACCUGGCCCUCAGUUCGGAGAUAGCAGUGGUGAAGGCGGGGGCGCCGGAAGCGCGAGUGUUUCCAGACGAGGAUCGACUUCUAAUCUCGCCAAGAUGGACGGGAAAAAGGCUGUCAAGUCGGUUGUGGUAGGCCCGGAUGGCCUGCCCCCACCCAAGAAGAAGAGACGAAGGCAAGCGCUCAGCUGCACAGGUGCGUGUGUUAUAGAUUCAUCUCGCAGUUUCUUACUCUGCUUUUACAACCCCACACACUCUUACUGCGAAUCAUUGGACCUGGUGUCGGCAACACGUUCGACCAAUGCCGUGCAUCUCCGAUACUCUGCGGCUUUUACUGGCAAUCGCACUCGGUGUUAUGAUGCCAAAAACCACCCGGCUAACCGCAUGGACGGUGAUCUCCCUUCGUCAUACGGAUAUAACGGAAUGCAAGAGGCGGAAAAUUCGGUGUGA